UAGAGGUUCUACAUCUUCGCUGUAGUAGUAUAUUUAUGUAUCGUUUUGCUCAUCUGAUAACAUACCUGUGUUCUAUACCUUUCCGACGGGUUUCGUAAAGGCAUGUCUCUGAAUGUUGAUGUUCAGAGCCAUGAUGGAGGAUAUCUGUUGGCAGGAGUGUUCUGAUGUAGCUCUACCAUAACUUUGUAAUACAAUUAUAUUUAAAUGCUACUUUCUCUUCCUUAGUCACUUAGUUUCCAAUAUAUUUUACCAGAUUCCUAUUGUUUCUCUGUAUAAAUGUUCCUGUUAAAAUAUUGUCUGUUUUUACUUGAGAGUUGGUUUUUUGUUUGUUUGUUUUACGCCCUCAGAAAACUGAAGAAAACAUCUAGAUAUAAAUAUCUUGAUGAUAUAAAAUAUAAAUAACUUUGGACUGAAGAAAAGAUCAUUCCAUCAGAGAUUCCAAUGGAAAUCAUGAUCAACCUCUUGAUUCUAAACCUCUACUUGGCAAAGUCUAGGAUGAAGAAGUGUCUCAUAUGGUCUACGGUAGGUCAAUGUUCGAUAAUGGUUUGAAAAACCAACAAUUGAUAAUACUCUCUGUAAGUAGAAGGUCAUAGUAUUACUUGAGACGGAGGGAGUAUAUAUAUAGCGGUAUCAAUAGCCUAUAUUUUUAACAUUAUCGGUGUUAGAGUGUCUGUGUGGUGUUUGUUGGAAAAAUAAAUCCAGCGUCACCCUUAGGGAUUCGAAUGGGCUUAACAUCCCAACCCAUGGCGCCUAGAGAGAGCUUACAAACCUCGCUUUAGGUGCAGCCCCUGAGGGCUCAUACUAUAAGGAAAUAAAGUUGCGCCCUCACUAACAGCAAUUGCUUUUAGCGCAGUGGUAAGCGCUUGAUCCUACAAGUGAUAUCAGAGCAUGGUCAUGGGUUCGAAUCCCCCCGGCUGACACUGGGGGGGAGAUUGUUGGAAAAAUAAAUCCAGCGUCACCCUUAGGGAUUCGAAUGGGCUUAACAUCCCAACCCAUGGCGCCUAGAGAGAGCUUACAAACCUCGCUUUAGGUGCAGCCCCUGAGGGCUCAUACUAUAAGGAAAUAAAGUUGCGCCCUCACUAACAGCAAUUGCAUCCAAUGGUUCACUGUAGAGGGUGCAUCUCUGGCCUCAUGACAUAGAGGACCCCCAAAGUUCUGUGAUAUCAGUUGUAAAAUUUUGAGUGGCUCUUAUUGUCAACUGUAGUCCAUGUGCGAAAUUUCACCAUUCUAGCAAAAUCACCAAUAAGAUCCCAUAAAAUUUUCAGAUCCGAUUGUCACAUGUGGACAACACAUACACUGACAGAAUCUACAAUCUCCAUGAUUUGGUUAGUGACGUGAAUCUACUACACUAAUUGGUGUAGACUGAUGUGCAUUAUUGCACUAUCAAUAUGAAUGCAUUGUAAAGUCAAAACCGUGGAAUAUUCAUGUCAAUUAGUUGGAAUUUUGUGACAUUUUCAUUUAUUUUCCAAAGAGAAACGUAUGUCCCUUGUCUACUCUGUCAUUUUUAUCCAACUUAACUUUACCGUGCAGGAAUCUUCACACUUUGCACAUCACAUUCCUAAAUUCAGUAUCUGGUUUAUCUGGUUUAUCUAAAGAGUGUGAAUUCUGUGGUUCUGAUGUUUCAGUCUUAGAUGUUCAAAUAUGAAUUCUCUAUCAGUAUAUAGAGAAGUGUUGGAAACAACUCUAUAACACACUAUUUUCAACACACUUUUUUAUUAGUGGAAUAUAUCAUUUUAAGGUGUAUGAAUCCCGGUCCGCCGAAUGGAGAUAGAAAACAGAUGAAGAAGAGUUAAAGUCCACACUACCAGACAAAAUAAUAUAUGUCACUUGUUUGAGAUAUUGUUUUCAUUUCAAAGCAUCUUGUUAUUUUCUUCAGAGACAAAAUUCCAUUCCAAUCACUCAACAGUUUCAGUACAGAAACAAGCUUUUUGAAUGGCUUCCACAAAAGGCAAUGAUGACCAUGAGCCACAGAGAAGCUAUUGGAGAUGCAGCAAACAAGAUUUCUUUCCAGAGGAAUCCUUUCAAAGCUGGCACAACUAUGGUUCUGCUCUUUCACAAACAUGGUUAAGGUUCAAGGACCGUGUUUCGACCAGAUCAGACGAUGCAACCGAGUCGCAAGAGCUUCAGAAACAAAGUGAGAAUGAAAUGAAAAAAUGUCUCAACUGGUGGGACCUUAUCUGGUUUGGCUUUGGUGCAGUGAUUGGUGCAGGAAUCUUUGUGCUAACUGGUCAAGAAGCUCAUAACCAUGCUGGUGCGGCGAUAGUCUUAUCCUAUGUAGCUUCAGGAAUUUCAGCAAUGCUUUCUGUUUUCUGUUAUACAGAAUUUGCCGUUGAAGUUCCAGCUGCUGGUGGUUCAUUUGCUUACCUAAGAAUUGAAUUAGGUGAUUUUAUUGCUUUCUUAGCAGCCGGUAACAUACUUCUCGAAUGCGUGCUUGGAGGUGCAGCAGUAUCAAGAUCAUGGACAUCUUACUUCACAAGCCUUUUGAAUCGUCCGAAAGAUUCAUUUCGAAUCAAAGCACAUCAUCUCAAAGAAGGAUACAAUUUACUUGACCCUAUAGCAGUUGCUGUUCUGUUAACCGCCGGAACGAUCGCAAUGAUCAGUACACGAAAAACUUCGCUCCUCAAUUGGAUUGCAUCGGCAAUCAACACGGCUGUGAUCAUAUUCGUAAUCAUUGCAGGGUUUCUUCACGCAGACACAGCGAAUUUGACGCCUUUUUUACCUUAUGGAGCUAGAGGUGUAUUUCAAGCAUCAGCAAUUCUUUAUUUUGCAUAUGGAGGUUUCGAGAGUCUUGCAACAAUGGCUGAAGAAACUAAAAAUCCACCAAAGGAUAUACCAAUAGGUUUAAUAGGUUCAAUGUCGGUGAUCAUCGUGAUUUAUUGUUUGAUGGCACUUUCACUAAGCAUGAUGCAGAAGUACACAGACAUUGAUACAGGUGCAGCUUUUUCAAUUGCAUUUCAGAAAGUAGGAAUGAAUUGGGCAAAAUACGUCGUCGCUUUCGGUGCACUGAAGGGUAUGACAACAGUUCUUUUAGUAGGAAGAUUAGGCCAGGCGCGAUACAUCGUUCACAUUGCGCGUUCGCACAUGAUUCCUCCAUGGUUUGCUCGUGUUCAUCCCAAAACAGGAACACCUAUAAACGCAACACUUCUGAUUACAAUCACAAGCGCUUGCGUAGCCUUUUUCACUAGCUUGGACGUGUUAUCGAGUUUGAUAUCAGUAAGUACACUUUUCGUUUUCGCGCUGAUAUCGAUUGCACUUCUGGUAAGAAGGUACUAUGUUAGAGGAGUUACAACAAAAGAGAAUCAGUUAAAGCUAGUUAUGUUUUUGUUUCUCAUUGUUGGUUCUUCAAUGGGAACUUCAGCUUAUUGGGGAUUGAGGCCUAAUGGUUGGAUUGGAUAUACGGUUACCGUUCCUGUUUGGUUUUUUUCGACUCUUGCGAUGUCGGUUUUUUUGACUCAACAAAGGAAACCAAGAUUUUGGGGAGUCCCACUUGUUCCAUGGUUGCCAUCUUUGUCAAUUGCAACAACUGUUUUUCUCAUGGGAUCUUUGGAAUAUGAUGCUUUUGUGAGAUUUGCAAUAUGCACUUUGGUAAUGUUGGUUUACUAUGUUUUCUUUGGUCUUCAUUCAACUUAUGAUAUGGCUCAUCUACAAAAGAAGGUGCAAAAUAUCAAUGUGGAUCUCAAAGAGACUGCUAGGAUUGAAGGGCCUUAAGAUGAUUGUAAUUUUUAUCUUCCAUAAUUCAGUUUCAAGUGUGUAUGAAAUUCUCUGUGUUAUUAGUCCUUGAAUCAUUAAAUAAUGUAAUGUUACUUGAUAUGAGUUAGAAGAGCAAUGAAGAAAUGUAUAGAUAUAUAGCUGAAAAUAAAUUGUGGUUUGAUGAAAUGGAUUAAUUCCAGCUUCAUUUAUGGUUAA